AUGGAUGCUCUUGUGUCAGACGAAAAAUUAAAAAACUCUUCGAAGCAGGCGCAACGAAUUGAAGAGAAGCUCAGGAAUCUGCCUUUCAAAGCUAGCUAUGAGCUGAGAACUGCACUGAGAGGCUCAUCCAAGGUGAAGCAAGUAAGUGGCCUUUUGGAACCGGUAAAGUUUUCUCUAAUUUCCCUGAAAAAUGUAUAUCAGUUGAUCCUGCGGAAACUGAGAGGCAGUGGAACGUUGUUCACAAAAUCGCCUUACAUAUUCGCUGAAGAAGGGAAACCAAAUCCUCCACGUAGAACAAAAGAAUCAUACGCUCAACAUCACUGCAGCUUCAGACAUAGUAUCCCUUUAUAA